CUUCAUUAAACACUCCAUCCAUUUUCUUCACAUUUUAGAUCCCCACACAAAUCUCCAUAUCUAUCAAUCCUUAUAUAUUAUAUAUAUAGAUAUAUAGAUAUACAUAAUGGCAAGUGGUGGUGGAUACAAUGAUCCAAGUCAAAAAAUAGACUAUGUAUUCAAAGUAGUGCUGAUCGGUGACUCAGCAGUUGGAAAGUCACAAAUACUAGCUCGAUUUGCGAGAAAUGAGUUCAGUUUGGAUUCAAAAGCCACCAUUGGUGUUGAGUUUCAGACACGCACUCUUGUUAUCCAACAUAAGUCUGUUAAAGCUCAGAUCUGGGACACUGCUGGUCAAGAACGGUACAGAGCUGUGACAAGUGCAUACUAUAGGGGAGCAGUAGGGGCCAUGUUGGUAUAUGACAUAACCAAGCGCCAAACAUUUGACCACAUACCGAGGUGGCUAGAAGAGCUUCGUAACCAUGCCGACAAGAACAUUGUCAUCAUUCUAAUUGGAAACAAAAGUGAUUUGGAAGACCAACGAGCAGUCCCUACAGAGGAUGCCAAAGAGUUUGCUCAGAAGGAAGGACUAUUCUUUCUAGAAACAUCAGCACUUGAGUCAACAAACGUAGAGGAUGCAUUCUUGACUGUUUUGACCGAAAUCUUCAGAAUAGUCAACAAGAAAAGUCUCGCUGCAGGUGACGAACAAAAUGGAAACCCGGCUUCUUUAGCUGGCAAGAAGAUUAUCGUCCCUGGUCCGGCACAAGUGAUUCCAGAAAAGAAGAUGUGUUGCACAUCAUAAAUUCAUAUUCAUAAUACGAGUAGUAGUAAUAUUAUUAUUAUCAUCAUCUACGGAUAUAUCUUGUUAUGAACGGGUUACUUGUUUACAUUUCUAUUUUUGUUUGUGGGUGGUGCUGCUAUUUUUUGUGCAAAUUUUUUCAUUGCUGUAUGAAAGGUUGUAGAGAGCACAACUUAAUUGAAUGAUGUAUUUACUAUCGUGUUAUUAA